AACUUCGAAAUAAGAAAAAUGAUGUUUUCAAUUCUUGUACUGCUUUUUGUGUCAAUAUUCAAAAUCAGGGCUGAUUCCUUGUUACCCAGUACUAACGAUAAGAACUCUACAGCUAUAAUCAACGAGAGACGCGACAUCUAGGAAAUAGACGUUCUGCGACAGCUCAUCAACCAGGAGACUCUCAUCCGGGUAUCUGUGGUCAAUGACGUCAGGGCAGCUGUGGAUGACGUUACCUCUUUGAAGAGAAACAUGGCGUCAACAGAAACCACGGUCUCCUCCUUACAGCGGGCACUAAAUGGAUUGAAAGUUCAGGUCGAUUCUCUUACACAGGAUAAGAAUUCAGCAGAGAAAACUGAAACAUUACAAAGACACGUCUAUAAUCUUACUAGUCAGAACCAGAUUUUAAAGCAAAGGAUAGAACAGUUGGAAUCACACUUUGAAAUAAACAAGACAAAAUCUUUACAACAGACUAUAGAAGUAUUACAAACACAGGUUGAUUCUUUGAGCAGGGAAAAUAGGAGAAAAAACAAAAAGAUAGCAAUAAAUUUUAAGAACAAAAUUGAAGAAGCCGAGCAGAAGUUCAAUAGAAACAUCGCAGAAAUUUACGAGCUUCUAAACGACAGAACAUUGGAAACCGUUAAGAAAGAUUCAAAAAUAAACAGGGAUUGUCAGGAUCAAUUUCUACAAGGUCAUAAACAAUCUGGUGUAUACAAUAUAAACCCCUUCGGUAACGAGACCCAGGUAGAUGUAUACUGUGAUAUGGAGAAAGAAGGUGGCGGGUGGACAGCUAUUCAGAAGCGGGUGAGCGGAUUCGUAAGUUUUAACAGAACGUGGGCGGAGUACAAGGAUGGAUUUGGUAACCCUAGUGACUCCUACUGGAUUGGAAAUGACGUCAUUCACCAGCUUACUAAGGGAAGAAACUCCUCCCUCUACGUCUCCAUUACAUCAUACAAUGGUACAGCUUUAUAUGAACUUUAUCAACAGUUCUCUGUGUCUCAUGAAAGGAACAACUACAGACUUUUUCUUGGAGGAUCAGCUACCGGGACGUUAGGGGACAGCAUGUUAGACACGGGGAGUCCCUACUUUGAUCUGUCUGGGAUGUCCUUCUCCACCCUGGACAGGGAUAACGACGUGUCUGGAGGGAGCUGCGCUGUGGAUUUCGGAGGAGGGGGAGGGUGGUGGUAUAACAGGUGUAAAGAAGCCUACCUUAACGGCCCCUGGUCCUCGGGAGACUGGACGAAGCCGUGGUAUCCUGUUGUACGGAGAGGGGCAGACGUCAGAGAGACGAAGAUGAUGAUCAGACGUCACUAGAUAGAGCAUUAAAAGUAGGAAAAUUUGAUGAUGUUUUUGAGAACCGUCCGCGUUUGUUCUGCUCCUAUUUUGUAUUGUUUU